CACCUAGCGUUAUCGCUCGCCUUUACAAUUGUACUCAUUUAUCAGGUAUCGGUGUGUCUAUUGCGCUGUACUUAUCAACCCGGUAUGGGGUCUUCCAGCCAGUCAAAGGUGUUCCAUUCGUACCUUCCGAGCCUCCAGUCCUUCCCAUGGAUUUUCCACGUACCCUUGUGGAAUGGAGAAACAAUGUUGUAGUUACUGAUGAUGAGGUUCCUUACUACGAUAUGUGGAAACUUCCUUUUCUCAUCCAGUUCUUUCAUGAUCAUGGUCUUGAUUUCAAGUUGUGGAUCCCCGUUAAUGACUGCGAGCUUUCCCCGCCAAACAAUAAUCCUCGUCUUCACGAUUACACCUAUCUUUCUGACUACCCUGGACCACCAACUAGAUUUUACGGAUUAGAGCGAGCCAUCCAUUGUCCGGCUCGCACCUGCUGGAACCAGGAUGUGAUUCUACGCCUUAUAUCUAUUGACGGGGAUAUCUCUGGAGUCGAGCACCACCUAGCUCUGAAGCGUCUCUCCACGGGUGAAGACUCAUUUCGAGGAAGAAAUCAUGCCCUUCCCGUCUUGCAGGAACUGAAGUAUGAAGGCCUCACAUUUGUCGUAUUCCCGAUGAUGUGGUCAGCCCACAGGCUUUGGUGGUUCUAUGACUUGGGAGAGAUUCUUGAUUUCGUUCUCCAGGUUACCGAGGGCUUGAAUUUUUGCCACGAAAGGCUUGUCGCUCAUCUGGACAUCUCUUAUGACAACAUACUUGUUAACUUUGCUGGAGGCGCACAAUUCCCCAAGGACUUUCGCUGUUGGGAGCAAGUAGCACCUCUCAGGUCUCAUUUUCCCGUCCGCUAUUAUAUCAACGAUUUUGAGCACGCUGCCGUCUUCUCCGAGGAUUCCGAGCCGUCCGACAGGGUAAUAUCAGGACUACCAAAUGCGCGCUGGGGCGGCACAAAGGAAAAAUUUUUACGUCGUGUUCCACCGGAAAUGGAGAAAACAGAGCCAUAUUGCCCUUUCCGAGCUGACGUUUGGUCCCUCGGUGGCCUCUUCCAAAGGUACCUUGGAGUGCAUCUCCUGCAAUUUUCGAAGAAGGUAUAGAAAAUUUGGCAGGUACCCAAUAUCUCUACCACUCAAUAUCUUCUAGCAUAUGAUCGAGUUGGGUCUAUGGGAUGAUGAGGCGGAGGUAGGGGAUCCCUGUCAGUCCGUCCGUUCUCUAGCUUAUCCAAGCCUACUUUCCAGC